AUGGAUAUCUGGAUACACCUUGACAGAGAGCAACCUACCUAUACGAAUGAAGAUGUUGUAUCUGGUCAUGUCAUCCUCAGCAAUGGCGCACAAUUGGACAUGACCGCUAUAAUAAUAAAGCUCUCUGGGUCAGCAACAUCAAGGCUGAACUCAGGAAAGCUAACUCAAUCGCAUCAGCUUUUUGAAAGGAACGAACAAGUAUUCCCUCCAAGUCAGUGCGCGAGUUGGUUCACGUCUCGCAAGGUGACUAUCUCUCCGGGAGAACAUGCUUUUCCAUUUUCGAUCAGGUUCCCCCAGGUUUCGGAAUGCUACAAGGCCAGCCCUACACAAGUCUCUGGCAAACGACCAGCAGGCAGGCGGACACACCAUCUAUUGCGAAAACUUCCGCCUUCAUCCGGUGGUAAAUCCACACCUGAGGAGAUCAAGUAUUUCCUCGAAGCGACUGUCCGACAGGAUGGUAUCCUAUGUAGGACUCAAAAAGCCACCCGCGACAUAUAUUUCCGCCAUGUAUCUACCAUCAGUCACCUUCUACCUAGUUUGGCAGGCAAAAAGGCAGUCAUUUGCAGCUCGGGUGGUUCCGAUUCCUCGCUUUCACCGCUGACCUGUGAAAUAGAGGCCAAGUUGUUGAACGGGCCGUUCCUUCUGCUGGGGCAUCCAAUCUCAUUAAAUGUGGAUGUUAUUAACUUGGAUUUGGACGAGUGCAAAAGUGGUGUGUUUCUACGCAAUUUUCAGUCCAUGCUUAUCGAAACAACAGAGGUACGAGCGCGAGGUUCGAUGGAAGCUCAUACCCGUUCCUGUGUCAUACAGACGAUGACGCGCGUGGAACAUAAACCAAAUGCCAUGGUCGGAUCGACAUUGAGCUUCGACGACAGUCUAUGGAGUCAGCAUUGUGUACCACUACAUCUGACUCCGACAUUUGAAACGUGUAAUAUUAGCCGGAGCUACAAGCUUGAGAUACGGCUUGGGAUUGAAUUCGGCAGGAGCAACUUGAGGAUAUUUGACUUUCAGUUCACAGCUUAUAUUCUGUCGCCCGCUUCAUUCUCCAUUGAAAAUCCGACACCCACACCAGACGACAAGGGUUUGAAGUUCGAAAAGCUAUAA